UGACAGCUUGACAUUGACACAAACGGGAAAAUAACUUUUCGCCAAUGUUUUCUAUUGUGUAACAAAUAAAAGUCCUCUAAUUUAUUAACCACUAAAUAAAUAUCUUGAAAAUGAAUUUAUUAAGAAGGCAAGCCUUUCCCGUAUUUUGUUCUAUAAGAAAACAAGUUGUAAAGAAAAAUAUACAUAGUGUUAUUCACAAAAAUUUAAACAUAACCUCAACCAUGUUUGUUCCGCAAAUUCCAAUUAUUUACAAUUCUAAUCGAAGUAUGUCAAAAAAGAAAAGAGAGUUGGACUCAGAUGAUGAAGAUGAGGAUUUUGAUGAAGAUGCCUCACUCUCGAAAGACUCCAAAUUAGUUAAAUUUAGUACAACUUCGUUGAGAACAGAUGCUAUUCUCAAAUCAGCUUUAGGAGUAGCUAGAAACAAAAUUGAACAGUUGUUCUAUGAAAGCAAAAUAAGAGUAAAUGGCAAGAAACUGUUAAAGAAAAGUGCUUCAGUAAAAGUUGAUGAUGAAAUAGAUGUUAUAAAAAUGGUCAGUCCAAAGAAUCCCAACCAUUUGUACAUAGCAAGAGUGGAAAUUAUGAAUAUUGUUGCAAAAGAAGAAAGCAUUGGAAUCACAGCCAGAAGAUUUAAAAAUUUAUUGAUUGAGAACUAUGCAACAGACCCGUACAAAGGUUCUGCAGAGUCUAACGAAUAACACAUGGUUUUAAAGUUAAAGGCCGUAAGCCUUUUUAAUAUUUUCUAAGCAGUAAAAUAUAGUAUCGUUGAAUUGGUAUCUUGUAACCAAAGUCUCAAACUUACUUGGUUAACACAAUAUAUGUAAUUUGUCUGGUAAAUAUUUAUUUAUUUAAUUUGCUGUUAAAACUUUUACCUGAACCUUGUUCUAAAUAAACCAGGGUAACAAUAUUUGUUAGGUUGGUAAAAUAACUCAUUAUUAAUUUCUCCUGGGAUAUACUGCAAAUAUAUAUAGCCUUUUAGGAGUUACAAAACUGUUGUGGAACUGUAAAUAUUC